GACUGAGAGAGCAACACUGGCCAGUUUCUGUUUGUGUCAAAUGUUAUUUAAUUGAUAAACUAUUCUCAGCGAGAGGGGCGCGCUUCCAGAUAACCUUCAGUCCUAAUUUCAACACUCACAUAUAUAAUGGUGCGCAUUGUCCGUUGCCUAAUGGCCUGCGAACGCAAUCAGGAUGUUGCCAGCUUCGUAUGCAACGGCAAAAAAAUUGUUGGGGUUGCAUUGAACUACAUGUGUGCAGUGAAAGCGCGUAAUGUGCCCGUGCCAACGGUACCAUUGGUGUUCCUUAAGCCGACGACAUCUUACCUAACCGAAGGCCAUCCAAUCCUUUUGCCAAGGGUUUUUUCCAAAGUCGCGUAUGAAGUGGAGCUUGGAGUCGUUAUUGGAAAACGUUGCAAAAAUGUGCCAAAGACAGAUGCUAUGAAAUAUGUUGGAGGCUAUUGUUUGGCCCUUGAUCUUACCGCGCAAUGCAAUUUGGGUGUAGCACGUUCCAGCGGCGGCCCCUGGACGCUGGGUAAAGGCUUUGACACCUCGACACCAGUAUCACGUUUCAUACCUUAUGAUGAUGUAGACGAUCCGCAUACGCUUCCAUUGUGGCUCAGAGUUAAUGGCGAACUUAAGCAGAAUGGUUGCACGGGCGAUUUAAUCUUCAAAAUACCUGAUAUCAUUUCUUACGUCUCGAAGUACAUGACUUUAGAGCCGUACGAUCUUAUACUUACGGGAACACCUCAUGGCUCAGAGCCAUUCAAGGCUGGCGACAUUAUCGAAUGUGGCAUGGGUGAUUUGGCCAAAAUAAAGUUCAAUGUUCAAAAUGAAUAGAACGGCGCAUAAAAUUAAAAGAAGUUGUGGCAAAAU